UCACCUACCGCGGCGUGGACCUGGACCAGCUGCUGGACAUGUCCUAUGAGCAGCUGAUGCAGCUGUACAGUGCGCGCCAGCGGCGGCGGCUGAAUCGGGGCCUGCGGCGGAAGCAGCACUACCUGCUGCAGCGCCUGCGCAAGGCCAAGAAGUAGGCGCCGCCCAUGGAGAAGCCGGAAGUGGUGAAGACGCACCUGAGGGACAUGAUCAUCCUGCCCGAGAUGGUGGGCAGCAUGGUGGGCGUCCACAACGGCAAGACCUUCAACCAGGUGGAGGUCAAGCCCAAGGUGAUUGGCCACUACCUGGGCGAGUUCUCCAUCACCUACAAGCCCGUAAAGCAAUGCCGGUCCGGCAUCGGGGCCACCCACUCCUCCCGCUUCAUCCCUCUCAAGUAGUGGCUCAGCUAAUAAAGGCGCACAUGGUUCCAAAAAAA